AUGGUUCUUCUGACGUUAGGUGAUGAGACCCAGGCAGCCAUCGUUCCUCUCUCUCGAGCUUUCUUAAGUGCUGCCUCUGGGUAUUUGGGUAUUGCGCUCUCUGAAUGCUUAGUGCUCCUGCAGCUGGAAGUGACGGGGCCUCGACGUGCGAUUCCGGCACCGCUGGGACGGAGGGACAAGGAACGUGCUCUUGCUUUGGUCUUUCCUUGGUUUGGCUUGGAUAUUGGAGGGACCUUGGUCAAACUUGUUUAUUUUGAACCGAAGGACAUCACUGCGGAGGAGGAGGAGGAGGAAGUGGAAAAUCUCAAAAGCAUCCGCAAAUACCUGACAUCAAAUGUCGCCUAUGGAUCUACAGGCAUUCGGGAUGUGCACCUUGAACUAAAGGACCUUACCCUGUGUGGACGUAAAGGCAAUCUGCACUUUAUACGCUUUCCUACUCAUGACAUGCCUGCUUUUAUUCAAAUGGGAAGCGAAAAACACUUCUCAAGCCUCCAUACUACCUUAUGUGCCACGGGAGGUGGAGCGUACAAAUUUGAGCAGGACUUUCGCACAAUGGGUGACCUUGAGCUUUGUAAGCUAGAUGAACUCGAUUGCCUUAUUAAAGGAGUUUUGUACAUUGAUUCAGUCGGAUUCAAUGGACAUUCAGAGUGCUACUAUUUUGAAAACCCGACGGAUGCUGAGAGAUGUCAGAAACUCCCAUUCAACUUGGAGAAUCCGUAUCCUCUCCUUUUGGUGAACAUUGGCUCAGGGGUCAGCAUUUUGGCUGUGUAUUCCAAAGAAAACUAUAAACGGGUAACGGGCACCAGCCUUGGAGGGGGAACCUUUUUUGGUCUCUGCUGCCUUCUUACCGGUUGUUCCACCUUUGAAGAGGCCCUAGAGAUGGCAUCCCGUGGAGACAGUACCAAAGUGGACAAACUGGUGCGGGACAUUUAUGGAGGAGACUACGAGCGAUUCGGAUUGCCAGGCUGGGCUGUAGCCUCCAGCUUUGGAAACAUGAUGAGCAAGGAGAAGCGGGAAUCUGUCAGCAAAGAGGACCUCGCAAAGGCUACUUUAAUAACCAUCACUAAUAACAUCGGCUCCAUAGCACGGAUGUGUGCACUUAAUGAG